AUGAUUAAUCAAUCCUCCGUCGCACUGAAUUAUAUAACUAACGAAAUCAAUCACAAAUACGAAACUCUAUCAUCUCAUGUUCGAGAGACACUGAUUUACGCUUGUAAUAACUUCGUUAAGGGUCAAAUUUCUUACGAAAAUGCUAGACAGAUCUAUCAAUCAGUCGAUUCAGAUAUUUCAUUUCUUGUUAAACUUCAGCGCAUAUUAACGAUCGAAAAUGAACCUCUUCCGACUCCUGAAACACUUGCUUAUUCCUCGAAGCGACAAUUUGGAGUCCGGAAGAAAAGCUCUCCAUGGACAGAGAUAGAAGAUCUUCGACUUGUAGCAGCUAUUUUUAGAUAUGGUGCUAAAGAUUGGCGCCAAAUUGCAGAAUUCGUAGGAAAUGAUAGAUCUUCAUCACAAUGCAACCAAAGAUGGUGCAGAGCUAUAGAUCCUAAUAUUUCACACACACCAUGGUCAUCUGAAGAGGAUGCUCAGCUACUGCGCGCCGUUGAGAUUCUAGGAAAUAAAAAUUGGUGUCAAGUUGCUAAAAUUAUGAAUCGAAGGACUGACCUCCAAUGUAGAUAUAGAUAUCAGCAAAUUACAAGAAAGAAUAAGAAUAUUCCAGACAAAAACUCUGAUCAGCAAUCACCAGAAUCCGAUGAAGAAACACCGAAAGCCACUACACUUCAAGAAAUUGCCACACAACGCAGAAGCUCAAUUACAAUUGCGCCAUUUGUAUUUCCACCGGCGCCUUCAACUAUUCCUCAUAUAUCAGAAAUUCCUUACUUUUUAGACACAUCGAUGACUCCACGGAAAGACAUGAAUGUCCCAAUGCUACACAGACUUCCGCCUCUCAUUUACAAUCGAACAAAAACUCUCGCUUAG